AUGGCAUCCACAUCUUAUUAUGGAGUCAAUGAUGGGUUUCAAAUAGGUAAUAACCAUGGCACAAUCACGAUAGAACACCAUCUGUCUAAGCGACCAAAGACUUUCCACCAUGAGGGUUUGCCUACCCCACGACACAAUCAGUACACUGUCGCAUGGAUCUGCGCGCUGUACAUAGAGAUGGCAGCAGCACAGGCCAUGCUGGAUGAGUUUCAUGAAGCUCUUCCUACCCAUGCGGACGACAGGAAUACCUAUGUACUAGGAACCAUCAAUCGACACAAUGUCGUCAUUGCGUGUUUACCAGAAGGGCAGUAUGGAACAAACAACGCCGCGAUCGUCAUGACGAACAUGAAGCGGACUUUUCCAGCGAUUCGCGCAUGUUUAAUGGUUGGGAUUGGCGGUGGGGUGCCAAGCAAGGCUGAUGUGCGUUUGGGUGAUAUUGUCGUCGGAACAAGGGUUAUGCAGUGUGAUCUUGGGAAAAUCCUUGCAGACGGACAGCUCCAGCGAACGGCAAUUCCUAGAAUUCCUCAUCAGUUGCUUGGUACGGCUGUGUCUACACUCCGUUCGAAACACGAACUCGGCCCCAACCGGGUCAUAUCUAUCUUACAACAGAAACUAGAAGAACAACCCUCGUACUCUCGCCCGAAUUCACCGGAUCUUCUGUUCCAUGCGACCUAUGAUCAUGAAUCUCUAACCGGUAGCUGUGACGGGUGCGACCACUCAAAGCUAGUCCCAAGAAGCAGACGGAUGUUGGACGACGUAAGAAUCCAUUAUGGCGCAAUUGCCUCGGGGAACCAAGUCAUGAGGGACGGCACAACACGGGACGGCAUUGCUCGACAGCUAGAUGUCAUAUGUUUUGAGAUGGAAAGUGCUGGUCUGAUGGAUGUCCUCCCGUGUCUUCCAAUUCGGGGAAUUUGCGACUAUUCAGACUCUCACAAAAGCAAACAAUGGCAGAGAUAUGCAGCAGCAACCGCGGCCGCAUACGCAAGACAAUUGCUUGAGGAGUUACCCGUGACCGAAUCACCUAAAAGUAUUUUCGAGCAAAUGGAUUCCCGGAGAACGACCAUCAAAGAAGAACAGAAAAAGACGUGUCGCUGGUUUCUCAAUCAUCCGUAUUACGAAGCAUGGCUUGAUCCUGCCAGAUUGACGCAACAUCAUGGCUUUCUGUGGAUCAGUGGUAAGCCCGGGGCUGGAAAGUCGACAAUCAUGAAAUUUGCAUACUCCAACAUGAAGGGCAAGGCCCGUCCAAAGCAUGCCAUCACAGCUUCCUUUUUCUUCAACGCUCGAGGGGAUUACUUGGAAAAAUCUAUCACAGGGAUGUACCGAUCAUUGCUACUUCAACUACUAGAAGGCUACCCUGUCCUCCAGGUUGACCUAUUUUCCAAUGCAGUUUGCACGCUCGGACAACGCUCGUUUACCUGCUUCGUUGACGCUCUUGAUGAGUGUGAUGAACAACAAGUUGUGGACAUGGUGCAGUACUUUGAAGACCUGGCUGAAAAAUCAACAGGCAAAGGCGUCCAAUUCCGAACCUGCUUUUCGAGUCGACACUAUCCAUACAUCUUCAUACAACGGGGUCUCCGACUUACACUGGAGGAUCAGUCAGGUCAUGCGGAAGACUUGGCAACCUACGUCACAGACCGCCUCCUGAUCAAAGAACCAACGCUUGUUGAAGAGCUGCAACCACAACUUCUCGGUAAAGCUGCUGGUGUUUUUAUGUGGAUCGUUUUGGUUGUCGGUAUUCUGAACAAGGAGUACCGACGGGGAGGAAUGGCUCUGAGAAAGAGACUCGCGGAAAUACCUAGUGAUCUGAGCGACCUGUUCAAGGAUAUCUUGAGGCGUGACAAUGAAAAUAUGGAGGCUCUCCUGCUUUGCAUCCUCUGGAUUCUGUUCGCAAAGGAACCUCUGCGACCGCAGGAAUUUUAUCAUGCUCUCUGGUCCGGGUUGUCUCUGAACAGAUUAGUCGAUAGCCAAAUCCCAGAUAUCACCGUCUUCGGUACUGGUGUUGGCCUUGACAGUGUCAACAGAUAUGUGAUUAGUUCCUCAAAGGGACUUGCCGAGACCACAAAAUCUAGCCAGCCGACGGUUCAAUUCAUCCAUGAAUCUGUUCGAGACUUUCUUAUCAAGGACAAAGGUCUAUAUGAAUUGUGGCCUGAGCUUGGAUUCAACUGCGAGGGCGUAGGCCAUGAGAAACUGAAACAAUGCUGCAGCGUCUAUACUAAUCACAAAUUGAUAUGUGAAUCUGUCACCAAGCUGUUGCCGGAGACUCACUCCGACGGACGGAGGGAAAUCUCAAAGAACUACCCGUUUUUGGGGUAUGCGAUUCAGCAUGUUCUUUACCAUGCGAAUGCUGCGGCGCAUGUUCUCCCUCAAGACGAGUUUCUUUCCUCUUUUCCCAUCUCUAACUGGGUUCAGACAAACAAUGUUUUUGAAAAGUUCAAGUCCCACAAAUACAGCAAGCAUGCAAGUCUAUCUUACGUCCUGGCAGAUAGAGGGUGUUCUGAGCUUAUUCGCUUAAGACCCAAAGAAGAUCCGCAACUCCAGGUCAUUGGGGAGAGAUACAAGUACCCAAUAUUUGCCGCGUUGGCUAAUGGGAGCAAAAACACCGUGGCUGCUCUUCUGAACUCAGUUUCAUACAUUCAAAAUGGAGCCGACAUUACGGAGGGCUUGAAUCACAAAAAAGACUUCAAGGGGUACAAAAGUCGAACACCGCUAUCUUGGGCCGCCCAGGAUGGUCGGGCAGAAAUUGUCAAGCUACUCCUACAGAGUGGAUCGUCUGUUCAUGACAUGGAUAGCGGGGGGCAAACACCACUUCUACGGGCCUCGGCGAAUGGUCACGAGGCGGUAGCGAGGCUUCUUAUUGAAAAGGGAGCUGACGUCAACGCCAGCGACAAGGAUGGACAAACACCACUUCAACGGGGCUCAAUGAAUGGCUUCAAGGCAAUAGCGGCGCUUCUUAUUGACAAGGGAGCCGACAUCAACGCCAGCGACAAGGAUGGACGGACACCGCUUCAACGGUCCUUAUCGAAUGGCCACGAGGCAGUAGCAGCGCUUCUCGUUUAUAAGGGAGCUGACGUCAACGCCAGCGACAAGGAUAGACAAACACCGCUUCAAUGGUCUUCAGCGAAUGGCCACGAGGCGGUAGCGGCGCUUCUCAUUGACAAGGGAGCCGAUGUUAACACUGGCGAUAAACAUGGAUGGACACCGCUUCUACGGGCCUCAGCGAAUGGCCAGGAGGCGGUAGCGAGGCUUCUUAUUGACAAGGGAGCUGACGUCAACGCCAGCGACAAGGAUGGACAAACACCACUUCAACGGUCCUUAUCGAAUGGCCACGAGGCAGUAGCGGCGCUUCUCGUUGAUAAGGGAGCUGACGUUAAUGCCAGCGACAAGGAUAGACGGACACCGCUUCAAUGGUCUUCGGCGAUUGGCCACGAGGCAGUAGCAAGGUUUCUUGUUGACAAGGGAGCCGACAUUAACGCCAGCGACAAGGAUGGACGGACACCACUUCAACGGUCCUCAGCGAAUGGCCACGAGGCGGUAGCGGCGCUUCUCAUUGACAAGGGAGCCGAUGUUAACACUGGCGAUAAACAUGGAUGGACACCGCUUCUACGGGCCUCAGCGAAUGGCCAGGAGGCGGUAGCGAGGCUUCUUAUUGAAAAGGGAGCUGACGUCAACGCCAGCGACAAGGAUAGACAAACACCGCUUGAAUGGUCUUCGGCGAGUGGCCAUGAGGCAGUAGCAAGGCUUCUCAUUGACAAGGGAGCCGAUGUUAACACUGGCGACAAUUAUGGAUGGACACCGCUUCUACGGGCCUCAGCGAAUGGCCAGGAGGCGGUAGCGAGGCUUCUUAUUGACAAGGGAGCCGACAUCAACGCCAGCGACAAGGAUGGACAAACACCGCUUCAAUGGGCCUCAAUGAAUGGCCGCGAGGCGGUAGCGAGGCUUCUUAUUGACAAGGGAGCCGACAUCAACGCCAGCGACAAGGAUGGACAAACACCGCUUCAGCGGGCCUCAAUGAAUGGCUAUAAGGCAAUGGCGGCGCUUCUCAUCGAUAAGGGAGCCGACAUCAACGCCAGCGACAAGGAUGGACGAACACCGCUUCAGCGGGCCUCAAUGAAUGGCUAUAAGGCAAUGGCGGCGCUUCUCAUCGAUAAGGGAGCCGACAUCAACGCCAGCGACAAGGAUGGAUGGACACCGCUUCAACGGUCCUCAGCGAAUGGCCACGAGUCGGUAGCGGCGGUUCUCAUCGAUAAGGGAGCCGACGUCAACGGCACCGACGAUUUUGGUUGGACACCGCUUCGAUGCUCCUUGGCAAAUGGCCACGAGGUAGUAGCGGGGCUUCUCAUUGACAAGGGAGCUGACGUCAACGGCACCGACGAUUUUGGUUGGACACCGCUUCUACGGGCCUCAGCGAAUGGCCAUGAGGCGGUAGCAAGGCUUCUUAUUAACAAGGGAGCCGACAUCAACGCCAGCGACAAGGAUGGACGGACACCACUUCAACGGUCUUCGGCGAGUGGCCAUGAGGCAGUAGCAAGGCUUCUUAUUAACAAGGGAGCCGACAUCAACGCCAGCGACAAGGAUGGACGGACACCGCUUCUACGGGCCUCAGCGAAUGGCCACGAGGCAGUAGCGAGGCUUCUUAUUGAAAAGGGAGCUGACGUCGACGCUAACGACAAGGAUGGAUGGACACCACUUCAACGGUCCUUAUCGAAUGGCCGCGAGGCAAUAGCGAUGCGUCUUAUUCACAAGGAAGCCGACGUCAACACCAGCGACAAAUUUGGACAAACACCACUUCAAUGGGCCUCGGCGAAUGGCUACGAGGCAAUAGCGGGGCUUCUUGUUGACAAGGGAGCCGAAAUCAACGCCAGCGACAAGGAUGGACGGACAUCACUUCAACGGUCCUCAAUGAAUGGCCACGAAGCGGUAGCAAGCCUUCUUAUCGAUAAGGGAGCCGAAGUCAACGGCACCGACGAUUUUGGUUGGACACCGCUUCAAUGCUCCUUGGCGAAUGGCCACAAGGCAGUAGCGGCACUUCUCGUUGAUAAGGGAGCUGACGUCAACGCCAGCGACAAGGAUAGACAAACACCGCUUCAAUGGUCUUCAGCAAAUGGCAACAAGGCAGUAGCAAGGCUUCUCAUCGAGAAGGGAGCCGACGUCAACGCCACCGACGCUUUUGGUUGGACACCGCUUCAACGGUCCUCAGCGAAUGGCCACGAGUCGGUAGUGAGGCUUCUCAUUGACAAGGGAGCUGACAUCAAAACCAGCGACAAAGAUGGACAAACACCGCUUCAAUGGUCCUCGGGGAAUGGCCACGAGGCAGUAGCAGCGCUUCUCGUUGAUAAGGGAGCUGACGUCAGCGCCAGCGACAAGGAUAGACAAACACCGCUUCAAUGGUCUUCAGCGAAUGGCCACGAGGCAGUAUCAAGGCUUCUCAUCGAGAAGGGAGCCGACGUCAACGCCACCGACGCUUUUGGUUGGACACCGCUUCAACGGUCCUCAGCGAAUGGCCACGAGGCAGUAUCAAGGCUUCUCAUCGAGAAGGGAGCCGACGUCAACGCCACCGACGCUUUUGGUUGGACACCGCUUCAACGGUCCUCAGCGAAUGGCCACGAGUCGGUAGCGAGGCUUCUCAUUUACAAGGGAGCCGACAUCAACGCCAGCGACAAGGAUGGACAAACACCGCUUCAAUGGUCCUCGGCGAAUGACCACGAGGCGGUAGCGAGGCUUCCGAUGAACCAAGGUCCCCAAGAUGGGCUGGAGUGGACAAGUCAGUAA